UCCACCAGGAACAGCGCUCCACAUGCGAAGAACCAGGACUCAACCAAGCCGCAAUCAAAGCCAGGAAAGUGGGACGGUUUUCACUUUUCCGGCAUCGUGAGUAGAGAUUUCGGCCUGGAUACAGACUUUUUUCCUUACAGAUAGCUGUACGAAGCAGCUGUAAAUGUUAAAUUAACCGCUCUGCUGUGUGAACUUCUCUCUUCUCUUGUCGACGUAGUUAAACCUCGACACAAUCAGGAAGUCCGGGGAUUUUUUUUUUUUCACUUCUUGAAACGCAAAAGUUGAAUGGACAGUGGAUACGGUACCUUUUAACGACAAAUAAUGAGCUUUCUCAUUCUUUGACGCUUCCGGGUAAUUAAUUGGUGGGGUUAAUUUCACUAUUAGACUGUUAUUAACGUAUUUUAGCCGUCAUUCGUUACCCGGAACACCUGGAUUUUACUACACUGAAGGAUGGAUGCUCCUCACCUCACUGAAGACGAAAUGGCAGACAUAAAGAAAGACGUGCUGACCAGACUGCGGCACUACCUCUGCGACAAGAUCAAAGCAGACCGCCACCUCGACUACCUGCGUUCUCGCAGGAUCCUGACGCGAGACGACGCCGAGGAAAUCAGCUGCAGGACCACGCAGACCAAGAGGACGGCCAUGUUGCUGGACAUCCUGGCCGAGAACCCCCGCGGCCUGGACGCCCUCAUCGACUCCAUCCGGGAGAUGCGCGCGCAAAACUUUAUCAUCGCCAAGAUCACAGACGAGGUGCAAAAGGCCAAAAACGAGAAGAUCGAGUCUCUCAGAGCAGGCGCCUCUAGUUCCUCAUCUGACAGCACCUUCAGCCCUCCAAGCACAACCAGCGACUUCCCCACAACAUUUUCAAACAACUCCACCAUGCUUCUCCACCCAGAUGGAGAGCGAAGUCCUUCCACUUCAGACGUGACAGGGUCCCUUAGUCUGCCUUCGCUACACAGAGGUGGAAACCCUCCCUCUGUGGCUGGUGCUAGCAUCGCCGCAGCAUCCUCCUCCUCCAGCCUGCCGAAGCCCGGAGACCCCGGAGCUCCUGCGCUGCCGGACGAGGUGAUGGUGGAAUCGCCGUCCAACUUAGAUGCCGGAGCGGCAGGAUGCACCAGCAGCGGAGGAGAUCCAAACUUCCAGCCUCUCCGGUCGCGCUCGCUCACUCCAACAUCACACAGGAACAUCUUUUAAGUACACAUCUCAAUGGGACAGUUACAGAGACAGACCAGCAGAACCCUCAGCUCUUACACAAACACUCUCAUUGUCUGUUCGGUGCUCCUCACGCCUUAGAUCAGGCAGUUUGCGAGAACUUGCUGCACAUGAGAUGUACUACAUAUUACCACAGUAUCAGUCAACUCUGUAGAGGGGAAAUGGGGACAUGUUAUCACUGGGGAUGGGCUCAUGUUUCAGGGUCUGAUGCUGGUGACAGUUGGUUACUCUAGUUCUGGUGAAAGGUUACGAUCCCUUAGCUUUGACAAUAUAUACACGUCUUUUCAACAAAUGUUUAAAAACAAGAAGAUGUACAAGAACUUAAAUACAGGGUUUCCCCAAAGUUUGGACACAUAAUUGUUUUGCCUCCACAGAUUAAAUAUGGUUUUGUCCAAAGAAGAAAGAGUUGAACCGAUACUUCUCAGUGGACGUGAAGGAUGGACACAUCGAAAGUUAGCAGAUUGAUUUAGUCUUUUGACAAAAUCCUGUGUGUCCAGACUUUAGGGACACCCUAAAGCUAGAAUAUGAAAAAAAAUUAUUUACAUCAGAAAUUGUCUCAUCAGACAAUAAGAGGAUUAUAAAUCUGUGCGUGCAUUUAAGGCAAGCUGUAUCACCCAGUAGUUUGUAAAGAUAAAAUGCAUCAGGCUUAGAUUCCAAGCGAGAAAAUCUGACUCACCCUGCCAAACAUUUUCAACGUUUUCCUCUCGUAUCAAAAACCUGCUAAACUCUCAGGUAAAAUGACUGUAGCUACAGUUUAUGUGCAGUGCUAAUGAACUUUUCACUUUUUUACACUGGAAUGACUGCUUCAGAGUGUGUAAUGAGCCAGUCUGCCUUGGACCAAAGCACCAAAUGGUUUCUAGCUUUCUCCGAUGCAUCGAGUCAACAAGAAUUUGCUUCACAUUUUUUGUCACUACAGAAGUCUUGAAUCGCAUAAUGUGAAGCGCACACCAUGUCCUGCUUGUUUCCUGUUCUUUCCCUGGUUAUGUGCCAUAAUCUGUUGCAUACUAAAGCCUUUAUAUAUAAAUUGAAA